UGCCCGCCUGCUGCACCACAUGAUGGACGGACGAGCACCACGCUGGAUCUGGGUCUGAGCUGAGCCACUUCUCCCUCAUCACCCUCUGAAGUGAUGAGUUCAGGGACCAGUCAGUCGUCUGAUCAUCAGCUUCUCUGGGUCUCACAGAGCUCUCCAUGAGAACAUGGCGGUACCUGAAAAACCCUCCAGACCAUCUGCUCCCAAGAAGGUCCCCAAGCAGCACGCCCGGCUGCGGCACCAGAACCUGCCCUCCCCGGCGCUGUGCUGCGCCUGCGGCCUGUGCAUCAUGCUGGCUGGCAUCAACAUCACCCUGGUGGGAGCUUUCGCCUUUGGCACCUUCAUCCCUACCGGCAACCCCCCCAUCGUCAUCGGGCCUCUUCUGUUACUGAUUGCUUUCGCCUUCUUCACGGCCUGCUGCAUGGUCAGCAGGAGGACCCCGGCCCACGUGGCUCGCGAGGCUAAAGGAGGUGAGAAGUGGGGGCUGAUGCGGAUGGGGACGGCGGCGUUCGAGAUGGAGACGAGCGAGCACACCCUGCAGGACACUACGGCCGUCCAGCUGAGCCCCACCAACUCCCCCACCUCGUCCCACAAGUCCAGCUCCAGCCAGGGGUGUGACUCCGCUCCUCCUGCAGGAAGUCAGGAUGGAGCCGGCGAGCUGCACAUGCAUGUCAGAGAUGUCUGA